AUGACCAAGUACCACCCGUCGUACGCCACUACGGUGUCUGCAGACGCAAGCUCAUUCGGACUCGGCGCAGCUUUGCUACAGACGCAACCCUCUGGACAGUGCUGCCCAGCCGCGUCCGCUUCGAGGUCAAUGACCGAGACCAAGCAGCGUUACAGCCCCACGGGAAAAGAAGCUUUGGCAACAACGUGGGCUCUCCGAAGGUUCGACGAGUUCGUCCGUGGCAUCACCUUCGACGUCGAGACUGACCACCUGCCACUCGUUUCACUUCUGGGCAAGAUGGAACUGGACAUGUUGCCGCCUCGUAUUGAGAGACUAUGGCUGAUGACCAUGGAAUAUCAGUUCCGUAUGCUGCACGUGCCAGGAAAGCUGCUAGCCGUGGCCGAUACUUUGUCGCGCAUCACCCACAAGGCAGCCACUUCCCUAGGCACUACCGAACUUUUUGCAGCACAGGUAGUCGGCUGCACGUCGGAAGUCUUGUCACUCAGUCCUAAAGACGUGCGACAGGCACAAGAGUCUCAUUGCGAGUGCAAGGCACUUGCCUCCUACUGCCAGCAUGGUUGGCCGAAAAAGUCCAAGGUACCACUGCACCUCUCAAAGUACGCCUCUGCAGCAGAAGAGCUCUCUGUCUGCGACGGUGUUCUGCUGGAAGGCGCCCGGAUAGUCAUCCCACCGUCCCUUCGGCCGGCGGUCUUGACGUUAUUGCACGAAUGA